UUGGAACGUUCGAAACAAUUUUUAAGAGUAAUCCGCUACUCUAAUUCGGUUGCGGUUUUAAUUAUUAAAAUACAAUAACAACAAUUAUAAUAACAACAACAAACAACAACAAUAUAAUAUUCAGAAAGUGAAAAAUCAAAAUAAAAUAAAAAAAACAACAUAACAAAAAACAAAAAAGAAAAUUUAUAUAUUUUUCUUUAAAAGGGAAAAAAGGGAUAUUUGAUACUCCGAUUUUAAAUUUUUUUUCUUGCUUUUAUUAAAUUUACGGGAAUAUACGAUAUUUAAAAUUAAAAUUUCUUUAUUAUUAUCAAAAUUAAAAUAAUUUAUUAAAAUAAACACAAAAAAUAUUAAAAUAAAAAAAAAAAGAACAUAUUCAUGUUCGUCCUUUUUAAACGAUAUUUUUGAGUGAAAAACAAUUCAUAAGAUAUUCGCAAAAAAUCCUUGAAAUUAUACAGGAUCUAAUUUAAAAAUUUUCCCCAAUUUGAUUUAAUUAAGCUUUUAACAUUUAAAAAAUAAUUGAAAAUUUUAAAGUUAAUACAAAAAAAAAAUUUAAGGAUAUUUCAUUAUUUUUUGUUUUUUAAUUAAAUAAAUAAAAAGUAUUAAAGUUGAGAAAACCAAAUUUCAUUUUAUGGAAUACCAGUGAAUGGAAUACAAAAAUUUUGAAAUAUAUUAAAGUAAACAUUUUUCCCUUCGUGUUAUGAAAUUAAAUGAAAAGCAACAAAAUAUCAGAGGAAAAAACAAAAAAUAAAUAAAUAAACAGAAAUAAAAUAAUAAGAGAGAACGGAAUUUAAAAUUUAGGAAGACUUAAAUAUCCUUGUAAAAAUUCUAAAAAUAUAAAAAAGGAAGAAAUACUAUAUAAUAAACAUAUAUAAAUAUAAUAUAGAAAUCCUUAAAUCCUAGUUCAGAAAAAAAAACAAGAAGGAUAACAUUUCUUUACACAUAAAAUAUCUAAUUUAUUGGAUAAUAAGAAAUUAAAUUGCAAAAAAACAAAAAAAAAAAAUUUUAUAUGAAUGAUCUUUAACAAAAAAUCAUAAAAGGAACCACAAAGAUAUAUAUAUAUAAAAAAAAAUAAAAACUAAUAGAAAGGAUUUUCAUUCAACUCAAUAAAAUAGAAAACCAAGAAAAAACAAAAUUAGAAAUUCUUGCUUUUCUAUUUGUUGUUGCUUUCCUGGAGAGGUUAAUAAAGACAUCAAACAAGGAUCAAUAUCCAAUUAAAAAGUCAUCUCAAUUAUCACUAAAAGCGGAAACAUUUGCCCUAAUUUGUGAAUUAUGAAAUGAGAGAGAACUACGUUAACUACUAUUACUAACCAUCAUUAAAUAACAAUUGAUUGAUAAACAACACAACAAUUAAGUGCCAAAUAUAACUAAUCAGACAAAAAAAAAAUUGUGAAUUAAGAAGAAAUUUUGUGUCAAAAAAAUAAUAAUUUUAAGAAUUUGCCAAAACCAAUAAUUUUCUCCAUAAAGCCAUUUGUAAAUAUACUAUUAAAUUCUAAAUUCCAUUUGGAAAAAUUUUAGCAAAUCCUAAAAGAAACAUUUUUUUAAAUACAGCAACAAUAAUCACAAAUAGAAAAAAAUUCUUAAUUAGCUAUUUAAAAACCAAUUUUCCUUCGGUUGUACUUCGGAAAAAAAGCAAAAAAGCUGCAAAAUGAAAAAAAAAUGUUUAGCUAAUUACUAAAUACGAAAAAAGAAUUGGGUGUAAUAGCCAAUAGACACAAAAUAAAAAAAAUGACAACACCUAAAAGCAACGACCUUCAGCAGCAAAGUAACAAAAACUUAAAAAAGUUUUACCACACUUUUUUUACCCUCUAUGGUAAAUAAAUUGGGGUCGCAGAACAGAGAAGAAAGAAUUUUACCAUUCAUGUAAUUGUACAACUAAAAUAAAAGUUUUCAACAAAUAAAAUCAAGAAAUUACAAAAAAUAAUUUCAGAAAAAAGUUUUUAAAUUUUUAGUAUAUGAAAAGUAUAAGUCCACAAAGUAAAGCAGUGUAUAAAUAUAACAUUAAUUCUAACGAAGCUAUUCUCGACUGAAAUAUAAUAAAAAAUUCUGCAACUUAAAAAUUUAAAACCAAAUAUAAGCCAAAAUGAAGUCAAUAUUAAGGAAUUUCAAUAGAAAUUAUAAUUUUAAAUUACUUUUAAUUUUUUAUAUGAUUUUAAAUAUAAGCUCAAGGUAUAUUAAUGCAGCACCAACAACUAAUUCACCGUCUAAAAUGAUAUCGCCGUCCAUCAAUAAUUCGGAGCAGAUUCAUAAUCAAAAUAAAAUUCAAUUAUUAUUAAGUGAACAGACGACACAACACAAUGGUGAUAAUUUUGAGCAACUUGAAAUAUCAACAACGACAACAGUACCAAUAUUCUCAACAAUUUUAAAUAAAAAUAUAGAAAAUGAUAAAUAUAAAACAUUUUCGACAAUUGAUUCAACGACUGCAAUGCCGUCUGUUACAAGUACAACAUUAAAAACAAUAACGCAAUCAUCGGAAAAUCCAACAACCCAACAAAAAAUUGUAACCACUGAUGAAACCUUAACAACAAUUGAACCUGGGAAACAAACAAAAUUAACAUCAACAAAUACGGUAGCAGAAAGAACAACCGAGUUACCACAAUUAAACACAUCAACAUUAAAACCAAUUUCAGUAGUUACGGAGCAAACAGUUGAUAUCAAACAUCAUACUACUACUAAAAAAAAUCAGAAACUAAGAAAAUCAAAAAAUCGAACUCCUAAAAAAUUAGAAGAUAAAGCUUCUAAAAGUAAAACUGAUUCUUUGAAACAUAAUCAUACACCAAAAAAUGAAAAAAAAAUACACGAAGACAUUCAUGUAAAUAAAUUAUUCGAAAAAUCUACUACUACAACAGCAACAACAACAGCCAUGACAAUUGAAAAUACAGAACCAAAAACAAUGUCAAGUUCAUUCAUUGCAACAACUAAUUCAGAACCAAUUAUGAUAGAUUAUUUAACAACAGUUCGAUCAAGUCCGAUGGAUGAAUUAUUGCAGCUCAAUGAUCAACAAGUAGAGGAAGCGUUACUUUUGACUAAAAAAGAUGUUAAAACCACCGAAAAACCCAUACAUCACAAUAAGAAAAAACAUGAACAUAAUUUAAAAACUAAGGAAAAUCAUAAAACAAUUAAAACUACAGCAACGUCUACAACAACAGCUACCACAACUACAGCUACUAAUACAGAAUUAACACCAAAUGGAAAACCAAUAACUCAGCAUACGACAGAGUCUAAAAAAUCAAAACAUUAUGAGAAUAAGAAAUCUCAUACAACGUACAAGAAAAAGCUAAGACCAAAAAAUCAUAUUUCUAGUCAUUCUAAAACGCACAGUGAAACGAAACAUGGUAUAUCGACUUCAAGUACGCCAACUAUAUCUUCAACUGUUCUUCCAUUUGCACCAACUACAAAUGAUAUGUCGAACCCAACUUUUUUGCCAACAACUAAUGAUGCAUCGUCAUCUUCAAUUUCAACUUCCAGUGCAGACCCAUUUAGUAAAUUGAAUACAAAAACUGUAAAUCCAUUUAGACAUCAAGAAGCUAUUGAUGAUAUUUCAGUUAGUGACACAGUAUCUGCUACAACACUGGAGACCACCACCGUUGAAACACCUUUAGCAAUGGCUUCAGCAACAACCACUCAUCAAACAACAUCAGCCGGUAAUUUUCAAUUAAAAUUAAAGCAAACACCGAAUCCUUCUACAGUUGAUGAAAUCGAUGAAAAUAACUCAAAAUUUGCUAGCGCAUCGGAUGAUCUAAUAACAACAUACUCAACACAAUUGCAAUUGUCCUCUUCUCCAUCACAACAGUCAACAAUACGACCGAUUUUACACACUGUAAACUCACAAACACAAACGUCAAUAAAAGAUCAGGUUUUAAUAUCAACUGAAGUGAUUCCAACAGUAAGUACAAUAAAAGAUACAUCAACAACAAUAUCAGGUGAAAAUUUAUCAGCAGAAGAAACUUCUACAGAGAAAAAUAAAAUUUUAAAAAUGAACAAAAUACCUUUAGCACUAGCAACAUCUUCAUCUCAAACACUCGUUACUACUGAAAAAGAGUUAUCUUCAAUUUCUACAACAAAUCCAAUUAUAAAACAUAACAACGUAACGCCUCUUCGUGGAACAACUAAGUCUUUUGAAACAUCAUCCUCGCCUACAACAUUUAUGGCACAAGAUCAACUAAAGUAUGCAGAAGACGACGGAAACAAUGUGGAAUUGGUUACAACAAAGUUUAUAACCUCUGAUAAUUCAAAAAUUUCAAGUUCAAAAAAUAUUGAAACAAAGAAAAUUGAUUCUCUGUUAUUACCUACAGAAAUGAAAGAUGAAAAAUUUAUAUCUACACCAUUAACAACAGAAGCAUCAAAACAAUUAAUUUAUGAACGUAAAAAUCGUUUACAAUCAAUAAACGAAUAUAAAAUUGAUAACUCUGGAAAAAUACACAACAAAGACACGGCAUCUGCUAAUGAUAGUAACGAAAAUUCUAAUUUUAAUACUAUUGUACAGUUCAAAGAUAUAUUUCCAUAUAAAAUGACUGCAACUGAAUUAUCAACAACAACUACAACAUCAGUCGAUACCCAAAAUAAAGUAAUUUUGAAAGAAAAUGAAAUUUCAAUUUCUACAAGCUUACCUAUCAUUUCAACCAACCCUAUUGCAAUUGAUAGCACAACUGCUUCUACUACCAUCAAACCAAAAUCAUCUACUUCUCUUUAUUCAACUUUAAAAAAUACCUUUCGUGCAAUACAUACGCCUACAGGAUCUUCUAUGGAGAAAGAUAUUUCAAUAUUGGAUUCGGGAGUAAAGGACACUGCAUCUACAGCAACAAUAGAAAGAGAUGGUUCAACACAAUCAAACAAAGCAGAAAAUAAUUAUGAGCAUAAUGAACAAAUGAAAUUAUAUUCAACAGAAGUAAAUUUUAGUGACGGUGUUACCACUCCGCUCAUUAGAGGAGCUACUGCUACGGUUGGUGCAAUUGCCAAUCAAGAAAAAUUAAUAAAACUGACAGAUAUCGAAAAUAUCGAUUCGUCUGAAUUAAUAAAAAGCGAAGCACUUGUAAAACACAAUGAUAGCCACAUUGAAAUUUCACUUAAACCCACGAAGAAUCCAAAAGAAGAAAUAACAAACAAUUCUCAAGGUUCAAUUGGACAUGAUGGAUUGAAAGCAACUAAAAAGAAACAAUUACUAGAUAAACACUUUAAAACCCUAAAUACAAAAAUCAAUGAUGAACUUAUUCCUGAACAUAAACUAGGUCCACUGCAUAUGAAAGAGACAGUUUUGAGGCCCAAAUCUGAAGAUACUACCGUAGAGCCUUUAUUAAAAUUUUCUCCAGCUCCACAGGAUAAUAUUCAAAAUAGUGACGUUACAAGUGCUCAUUUAAAUCUUGAUAAAUCACAGUCAACUGAGACGUUACCGCGCAUAGAUUCGUCAAUUUUACAUAAUUUAGCAUCACCGAAAACAUCUACGGAAUCAGAUAAUGAGUCAACUGUGAUGCUUAAUAUAGACUUGAUCUCUGAACCUGGUUCGCAACACGAAACAUCAUCAUUUUUGUAUGACACAGUUAGUAAAAUACAGCCGCCACCUACAACUAACACAAAAACAACAACCGAAAGUGAAUAUAUAAAACAUAAGAAUUACGAAAAAUCUUUAAUUCCUAAAUUAGAAUGGAUUCCAAUAGCAAGUGUAGAGCACAUAGAUUUUUCAGAUUCCAACCAUUUGGCAACACCAUCAGACGCAUCAACAAUCAUGCCCCAAUUUGCUAGUGAUAAAUCAACCAAAUUAAAAUCACAAGAUCAAUUAUCGGACGACUUGAGUAAUUCUCGAACAAAGUCUCUUGAAAUUGAACUAGUUGAACCAACAAAAACGGGAACUCAUCAGUCGCAAACGGUACCAGAGUUUUUCGAAAUUGCAAAACCAAUUUCUGCGAACCAAAAUAUUAAAGCGAAUGGUAACGAUAAAGAAAAUUCGGAGUCAUCUCCAAUAGAAAUACAAAUUAAUGUCUCUGAAGGAUUUGGUAAUGAAAACGAAAAUUUGGAAUUUUCGUUUCGACAAAUGCAUUCAGAGAAUUCCUUCAAGCCUAUUAAAGUAGCUCAUACUAUGCAAAAUCCUCCCCCAGGAUUCCAAGAAAUUGGUGAAAUCACAAUUCAGCGUUCAAUCGAAAAUCAAGGAACGGACUCAGUUAUUACAGCAAAACCUAUUAAAUCUGUAAUUAAUAAAAAUUUAACGAAAUCUACCAAUAAUGCAGAUCUUAACCCAAAUAAGAACAACGAAGCGGAAGAAAUUCUUCAAGUUGAAAUAACAGCUAUUGACAAUAGCACCGGAAUUGAAAGUUUUAACGAACCUAAAUUUACCUUACACAGCGAACCAAAUUUAAAUCGCAAUCGGGAUAACGAUGAUUUUUUUAUACCAGAUCUAAAAUUGGAAUCAAUUGAUGAAUUGAAAGAAUUAAAUCGUCAAUCAGAUAAUUUUGGUAAAGACGCUUUAGAUAGUGAUUCUGACACCAUAUUUUACAUUUCGAAUACUGAAGUUAAGGUAGCCGAAUCCAAACCAACGCCUAAUACAUUAUAUCACAGUGAAGUAGAGUCGUUAUCUGAUUUGUAUCGUCACAGAAAUAAAACUGCAGCUGAAAUUAAUCGUUCUAAGUUAGAGUCACAAUUUUUUCCAACAAUUUAUGAAGAAGAUGUAAGAAUUGACGUAGGGAAAACUAAAAAUUCCACAUAUAUUCCUAAGCAAACAGAAUCCGAUCGUUAUGAAGAGGAUAUAAUUUUAUCACCAAUAAAAAACAAUUUUGAUUCCCUAAAAAUGGAAAUUAAUUCUCAAGCUAACAAUUUCAACGAAAACUCGGCAAUUACACUAAAUACAAUCAAUUCAGAUAGUUCAUAUCCUCUAAGUUCAUCUGCUGCAGAUGUGAGUUAUGUUGGAGAAACAUUAAUAGAAAUAGAGGAAUCAACUAAUGCAAAUCCCGCUAUACCACCAUUAGAUUUGAUAACAAGUGCUCCGAUAUCCAUGUACGAUAAUGCACACCGUAUUAGCACAACUAAAAAAGAUAAUGAUAUACCAUUAGGUAUGAUUAUUGCUGGAGAGAGUGCACCAAUUGAUGAUUUAACGGGGGAAAACACUAGCGGAGCAUUAUUAUCCGAUGUUAUAAUUCAACCAGCUAUAAUACCUGAAAUGUCUAUUGGGGUUCCUGUAAUCGGUGAACUACCACCGCAAAUUGAAUUAAAAGAAAUUGAUUACAUUCCAAAUUUGACAAAUGGUGGUAGUGGUGGAGAUGGAAAGAGUUCACAACAAAUGCAGCAACAACAACAACAAUCAGACCAAAUUGAUGGUGGCGCAAUACAGUAUGGCGGUGAUUUAAUAUCUGAUGAUGAUACAUCCGGUAGUGCUGGAAGUCGUUAUGUAUUUGAAUCGUCAUAUCCAUUUGGUGAUGAAAGAAUACGUAAAGUUGGUAGAUUACGUAAUGAGCAAAAUUUUGAUAAUGAUGCUAGUGAUAUCGAUGAUAACGAUAGUAACAGUAGUAGUCGCGAUGAUGAUAAUUUCAAUACACCAAAUAGAAAUAAUGUUGAUAACAAUAAAAAUGGUAACAAUAAUGACGGUGAUUUAAAUAACAUUGACAAUAGUGGUAUAUUAGCGAAUCAUCAACAAAUUGUUAUGCACGCAGUUAAUAGUAAUUUUCAAAAAGAACAAUUCAUAGCCGAUUUUCCCAGUUAUGAUACAUUAAAAGAAAUUCCACAUAAACGAAAUAAUAUUAAAGAAAAUGAUGAUAUUAAUAGUAAUAUAAAUUCAAAUUAUAAUACGAAAACGAAUUCUGAGGAAAUAGUAAAUUCAACUGCACAAGCAAUAUUAAAUAAUGCAUAUAAUACAACAUUAACUAGUCAACCAUAUGGUAAUAGUAGUAGCGCUAAUUCAACUGAACCAGAACAAUUAGGGAAUGCUACCGCUUUUAUAAUAAUGGAUGACACUGAAGGAAAUAUUUUUGAUUUAACUGAUAUUCAAACAUUACUGAUUGCAUGCUUUGCUACUCUUAUACCAUUGGUUUUAUCAUUGUUAUUAGCUUUUGCUGUACGGUACCUAUGGAAGAAAUAUCGCCGUGAUGAUGAUCCCGAUGAAGAAGGAGGUUUAGUUGGUGAUACAAGUAUUGAUCCAAUGUCAGCUAAAACUGGAGCUUUAUCACAAGAUGAGUUGCGAACAACAGAAUCUGGCUAUACAUUAAAUCGUAGUAAUGAUACACUUGACACGAAUGCAACCGAUUUAGAUGGGGUUGCUAACGGUAACGCUGGUUUAAAUAGCGGAAAAAUAAUGGCCAAUCAUUGUACUGGUGGUAGUGGAGGCGGUGGUGUUGCCAUAAAUAAUGCUAAUAAUAAUAAUUGUGGGGCAAAUGGAUCCGUAAUAACAAUGACUUUGAAAAACAACCAUCUAAUUGUUGAAACCGAAGAAAGGAACGACAUUUCUCGUGAUGCACGUGAAACAAAAAUGCAUUAUAAUUCAUCAGAUAAAGAUGGUGUAUUUGUUGUUGAAGUUGCUAGAGGUGCUGAUACAACCGGUGUACCAAAUAGUCCAUAUAAAGAAAAUCAUAUUGGACAAAAAGCAUGUUCACUUGAUGGUGAUAAAUCAAAGCCAUCACCAAAAAAUCAUGAAGAAGUUCAAAUACAUCAACCACCAUCAGAUAAUUUUGAUAAUGAUAAUCCACCAAUUGCAAAAUCAGCAACAAUAUCUGAAUUAGAUGAAGCAAAUUUUGAAUUAGAAGAACGUGGUAUAAAUAUUGGUAUUUCAAAAACUGGACUAUCACAAUCUGAUUUAAGUUCAUCGUCAAAUGAUUCAAAUAAGGGAUAUAAUUAUGGUAAACAAGAAUUAUAUACAGCUGAAGCAAAAGUAUAUAAUCCAACAUCACCAAAACAAAAAGUAUCAUCGGAUAGUUUAGAUUCAAUAAAAGAUAAAUCAGAAAAUGAUUUUGGUGAUAAUUGUGACACUGAAACAUCACCAUGUUCACGAGAAUGUUCUAAUGAUUCCGAUAAUGGUAAACAUACCACAAAUAAAGGAUCUGAAAAAUUUACAGGAAAUCAAAAAAAUUCCGGUAAAAAUUACAAGAGUAAUGAUACUGAAUGCAAUACCGAUAAUAUUGAAAAAGAAAUUACAAAUAAUAGUGAUGAAAAAAUUGAUACUAUAAAACUGAAUGAAGAAAAAAAUGAUAUUGAAAACAAGGAAAAUAGUGUAAAUUUAGAAAAUGAUAACAAUAAAAAAGAGGACAAAUCUAAACAAGAAGAAGAUAAAGAUGUAAAAAAAUCUAAUCAAAUUGAUAACGAAUCAAUAAAAAAUCCAGAAAAUGAAACAGAAAAUCUAACAACAACUAAAAAUAAUACUGAAACAAUUGAAACAAAUGAAUCUUUACCACCGCCACCACCUCAAUUUAAUAAUGAUAAGACUUCUUCAUCACCUACCACCGCCAUUUUUACCAACAGUAAUAAAGAUGAAGAUGAAUAUAAAGAGAAAUCUAAAGAUGAAACCAAUAAUAGAUAUAACGAAAAUGACAUUAAAAAUAGUUCAAAAACAUCAGCAACAGAAUCUGAAAUAGUCAAAUUAGAAAAUGAUAAAAAAUUAGACAAAGAAGAGGAUGAAAAUAUAAAAGGAGAAAAAACAGGAAAAAAAAUAAUUCAUCAAGAAAAUGGACUUGAUGACCAUCAACAUCAUCAACAACAUAACAAUAAUAAUAACAGUAAUAAUACAACUUUAACAAAUGGACAUUACGAAAAACAAAAUGGAAUAAUUCACAAUCAUGAUAAUGAUAGUGAUAAUGAUAUUGAUUUAAAUAGUAAUAAAGAUGAAACUAUAAUUUUAAAUGAUGAUAAAAAAAUGAAUGGUAAUAUAAAUGAUAAUAAUACAGAUACAGAUAGAACAAUUAUAUUAUCAUCAAAUGGAGUCGGUCAUGAAAAUGGUUUUGAUAGUAUAUUAAGUUUACCAGAUCCGCCAUCAACAGAAGAAAUAAUACAAAUGAAUGACAUUAUAUUAAUGGAAAAUUCACAAUUGGAUUCAUUACCACCACCACCACCAUUAGAUACAAUAAAUAAUUUAACAACAUCAACAACAACAACAACAAUAAUACCAGCUACAACAACUGGUGAUUUAAUAGGAAAUUGUAAUAAUGAAGAAAUAAUGAAAAAUUCUAUUAAUAGCGAUAAUUGUGGAAUUGAUACCAAUAAUUUAAAUGAUAUUAAAAAUUUAUUAAAUGGUGAUCAUCAUAAUAAUAUUAUUGAUGAACACAAACAACAGAUACAUCAAAAUGGUAUUGGUGGUACACAAAAUGGUACAACAGCUACAUUAGUUGCUGUUAAUGGUUCAAGUUAAUGCCAAAAUAUUAAUGGUUAAUUUAUUAAUUAAAUAAAAAAAAAUUAAAAAAAAAAAUAAAAUAAAAAAAAAUUAAAUUAAUUUAAUUUAUAAUUAAUUAUAAUAUAUUUUAUUAAUAAUUAAAUAUAUAAAUAUAAUUUAAAAAAAAAAAAUUAAAAAAAAAAAAAAAAAGAAAACCAACAAAUGUGUGAUGUGACAAGUUAAUAUAAAAACUAAGAAACUAUAAAAAUGAAUAUUAAAUUUUUAAGAAAAAAAUUAAUAAAAUUAAUUAAAAUACAAAAAGAAAAAUUAUUGUAAUCUAUAAAAAAAAAAAUUAUACGAAAAAAAUUAUAGAAAAAAAAAAUUAAAAAAAAAAAAUAUUAGAAAAAUUAAAAAAAUUAAUUUGGUUUUUAAAUUGAAUUGUAAACAUAAUUUUUUUUACUACAAUUGAUUUUUGAUUAACAGCACUUUUUAUUUAACCCACUUCUUCCCACUGUACUAAAUACUGGUAAAGACUUUUAAGUUACAUUGAAUAAUUUUGCUUUUUGCACACUUUUUUAAAGCAAUUUUAUCCGACGUAAUUUUCUAUUACGUGUCAAUAUUGGUACAUUGGGAAAAGUGGGUUAAUUUUUUGUUUUGUUUUUGGAAAUAUUAUUCAAAAUCAAUGUUUUAAAUAUGAAUGCGAUAUUAUGAUUGAGGUUUUGAUCAGUUAAAAGUCAUUGUUAAUCUCGUGACUAUUAUCAACACAGCAAUAAAAUAAAUUUUAUAAUAAAUAAGAAAAAAACAUCAAGUUUGAAAUUCACAUAUUAAUUGAAAAUAAAUUUCUCUGAAUUAAGAAACCUAAAUGUAUGUACAUAUGAGGCCGAAAAUUAAAUGAAACACCACAAGUAACUCUAAAAAAAAAAUAUUUAUUCCAGGUAAUUUCACUACAAUAUUAUCUCAUUUAUUGUAAGGAUUAAUAUAUUUUUUCAAAUUAAUAUCCCUACAAUAUUUUCUCAUUCUCAAUUUCUCAAAUACUCUUUUACCUAGUGGCCAAAAUAAGAAAAUUGAAGUUCAAAGAGAAACUACAUCUCAUGUUUAUGAACGAAAGAGGAAAAUCCAUGAAAAAUUGUGUUUAAAAUUUCAGUCCUCUAAACAGUUACGACUAAUGUAAAAUUGCAAUUAACCCUUUACGGACUUUAUGGUGUUAUAAUCGAUUUUGGUAAUUUAAUUUCGUAUCAUUAGUCGUACCAAUAAAAAUUUUUUUCAAAGAUUUGCUAAUAAAAUAAUAACCUCAAUCAUGUAGUAUAAAAAUUAUUUAAAAUAUAUUUUCCAAACAUAAAAACAAAAAAAGAAGCCAUAAAAGCAAAAUCAAAAAAAUUUCACAUUUUUAUGAAUUAUAAAAUAUUUUUCACUUUAAUUCAAAUGUUCAAUAAUUUUAUUUUGGUAAAGAUUUAAUAAUAAUUAAAUUAUAACUGAAAAAAAUAUACCGAAAAUAGAAAUUAACAAACAGAAUUAAAAAAAAAAAAAACAAAAAAUAUUACCAAUUAUAAAAUAAAAAUAUUGUAAUAAAAUUAAAUUAAACCAAUAAUUCAUUGAUAAACUCUGUAGGAAAAUAGAAAAUGAAAAUAGAAAAUAAAAAUUAUAAUUCUUUUGUUUUUCGAAUUCAAAUACAAAAUAAAAAAAUCCUAACCUCAACUUUUCAAAAUAACAAAUUUAAAAAAAAUAAAAAUUGAAUAUUUUCUACAUAAAAUUUUUCGAAAUAACAAAAUUAAAAUAUUAUAUAAUAAUUACCACAAAAAUAU